AUGGCGACUGCAACGAAUCGGGUUUGCUGCAUUGAAAAUUGCAAAAUAAAACCGACAUUGAUGUGUUUGGGGUGCCCAGAAAUACUAUAUUGUAGCUCUCAUCAUAAGCAACAUCGUGACCAUCUGAAUGUAAAAUUACUGAAAGUGGCCGAUAAUUGCAACCAGUUUCUGGAAGAAAUUCAAAUCCUAAUACAUGAUCCACAACAACAUACAUUAAUGAAAACUAUUGACGAAUGGGAAAUCCAGUCAAUUGAAAAAAUCCGACGAUUGGCACAUGAAACUAGAGAGGAAUUGCUUCCUUAUAUCAAAAAUUUUAUUCCACGAGUGGAAAUGCAAUUGACAAGUUUAAAUACUGAAGUGCGUCAGAAUCUUGAUGAUUGUGAUUUCAUGGACACUGACAUAGACAAUUGGACAGAAGAACUACAAAAACUAAAAGCAUUGCUGAAGGGUCCACCGGAUAUUACCGUACGACAAGACUCCACAAAAUUUAUUAGCAUGAUCUAUUCACACAUUGAAGAUUCGUUUUUCAAUCCAUCAUCGCCAGAAUGUUACUUAGAAGAUCAAUACGAUCCUCGUAGUCAGGAACAACAGCCUAGAAACUAUUAUGAAAAUCCCAAUGAAAAUGCUCCGUAUCGGUAUGGAUUAAAAUUUCGUGACUUGAAUAAUGUUCUACGUAUGUCUAGGUAUUCUCAUCGAUCCAAUCAAGACGCUGCUCGAAAGCGGUGCCCAUUUGGUUCCGCCUGCUAUAACACGACGAACCUCAAACAUCUAUCCGAGUUCUCACAUGAAUAGAGUUAACCAGACAUAAACUAAUGAUUUUGAUUUAAAAUAACUAAAUUAUGAAGUAUAUUAUACUUUUCUUGUCAUUUUCUAACAAUUGAAUCGAUUUUAAAAGAUUCUCAAAUUAUAUCUUAUGAACAGGGACGGCGCGAAGCAAUAAAAGUUAGGGGGGGUUAUUUUUAAAAAUGGGAGGAAAAUUUAAAAAGUCUAUAAAAUGGGAGGAAAAUUUUAAAAAUCUAUAAAAUGCUAGAAAUUUAGUUUAAACUGUUAAAAGAUAAAUAAUUAAUAAAAUAAUAUUUAUUGUUCGUUCAUGUAUUUAAUUGAAAAUAUUU